CGAGGUCUGCGCUUCCCCAGUUCGCGGCUGUACGCGGCGAAUAGUGGACGUGUAUGUCCGAAAUAAAUUUAAAUUUAAAUUCGAAAAAGACUGCGCAAAUUGUUAAUGCAAAAUUACACUUGAAAAGUUAUGAAAAGUGAUCUAUUGGUUUUUUAAGUGUGCUCAAAAGACAUUCAUUUCGUUCAGUGUACAAGAUGCUCAACAAGAAGCUACAAAUCGUCGCCAGGCAUGUGCUGAGGCAGAGCUUGGGCCACAAGGCUCUACGCUGGUUAUCCACAUCGAGUCCAGCCUUCAGUAGCUACAUACAUCACAUAGGCAAGGAGCCGCUGGCCUAUCGCAGUGUGGGCCAACAGCUCGAAUUGGCCGCCUCGCAGUUUGGCAGCGUAGAGGCAUUGGUGUCCUGUCACGAGGACAAGCGAUAUACGUUCCGCAGCCUGAUAGCCGAGGUGGAUCGUCUGGCCGCAGCACUGCGAAAGCUGGGCCUGAAAAAAGGCGAUGCAGUGGGUAUCUGGGCGCCCAACUACGUGCAAUGGUAUCUGGGCAUGAUGGGGGCAGCGCGUGCAGGUCUUACCUCAGUGGGCAUCAAUCCUGCCUAUCAGGCGCCCGAAGUCGAGUACUGCUUGAAGAAGGUGGACAUCAAGGCUAUUAUAGCGCCAGAGACUUUCAAGUCGCAGAACUACUAUGAGAUAUUGCGCAGCAUCUGCCCAGAAUUGGCCGACUCGGAGCCGGGCAAGAUCAAGAGCGAUAAGUUUCCACAUCUUCGCGCUGUUAUCAUUAACAGCCAACAGAGUCUAAAGGGCGCGCUGCGCUUCGACGAUGUGCUGGGUCUGAGCAAUGCCGAUGAACAAGCGGAGAUUAGCAAACUGCAAUCCCAAAUCAUUCCCGAGAGUCCUUGCAAUGUGCAAUUUACAUCCGGCACCACCGGCAAUCCCAAGGCGGCGGUGCUCUCCCAUCACAACUUCGUCAACAAUGGCAUCCACGUGGGCAAACGCAACGAGCUAGCGGGCGAGCGGAUCUGUGUCCAGGUACCACUGUUCCAUGCCUUUGGCGUGGGCAUCACCAUCAUGGCGGCCAUGGCCACGGGCGCUACUCUUGUCCUGCCCGCUGCCGGCUUCAGUCCCGAGGACUCGCUCAAAGCGAUCGCCAAGGAGAAGUGCACUGUGAUACAUGGCACACCCACGAUGUAUGUGGAUCUGGUAGCUACGCAGCGCAAGCUGCAGGUGCCGCUAGGCAAGAUUAAGAAGGCAAUUACUGGCGGUGCCACGGUCUCGCCGCAGCUAAUCCUAGAUGUUAAGAGUGUGCUUGGUGUGGAGGCCAUGCAUAGUGUCUACGGCCUAACCGAGUCAACGGCUGUCAUCUUUCAGUCUUUGCCGGGAGAGCAGGACAAUCGAGUGCUCGACUAUGUAGGCCAUCUUACGGACCACGUCGAGGCCAAGGUCAUCGAUGAGCAGGGCUGUGUGGUGCCUUUGGGCCAGCCGGGCGAGCUGUGCGUUCGCGGCUACCUAACCAUGCUGGGUUACCACGGUGACGAGGCGAAAACGAAGGAAAUACUCGGAGACGACAAUUGGCUUCACACAGGCGAUCAGUUUGUGCUCGAGGAAGAUGGCUAUGGUCGCAUCGUGGGCCGCCUCAAGGACAUGGUCAUACGAGGCGGUGAGAAUAUUUUCCCCAAAGAGGUUGAAGACUUUUUGAACACCCACCCGCAGGUGGUCGAGGCUCAUGUAAUUGGCGUUCCUGACGAGCGUCUGGGUGAGGAACUGUGCGCCUUUGUGCGCCUCGAGAGCGGCGUCGAUCCCAAGUCGUUCACCAAUGCCACUAUGCGCACCUACGCCAAGGGCAAGCUGGCUCACUUCAAGGUGCCGCACUACGUGGUGCCAGUCGAUUCAUUCCCCAAGACCACCUCCGGCAAAAUCCAAAAGUUCAAGCUGCUGAAGCAAUUCGAGGACACUUUCCACCCGAAAUACAGUCAGAGACAGGCUGCUCAAGCCUAAGUAUUACGAGUAGUUCUGGUACUGGAUUAACUCAGAGCAAUAAAGAUUUGUAAUUAAAGUAA